AUGGGCCCCUGUACCGCCUCCCCAUGCUGCUGCCAGGCCCGUAAUCUGCCAUGGGCCCCGUACCGACUCCUCAUGCUGCUGCCAGGCCCGUAAUCUGCCAUGGGCCCCUGUACCGCCUCCUCCUCAUGCUGCUGCCAGGUCCAGAGUGUGUCAUGGGUCCCUGUACGGCCUCCCAUUGCUGCUGUCUCUAUCGCCACACUCUGCCAUGUGCCACUUUCAGGUCUCCUCACACUGCUGGUGGUUUCCAUUUUUGUCAUAGGGUGCUGUAUGGCCUCCCAUUGCUGCUGCCUCCACCGCCACACUGUGGCUCCACACUCUGGUUUUGGCCCCGUGACUGCCCAAAUGAGUGAAGUGUGCGGUGAUUCUAAGAUCGACGGCACUCAUCUGCAUGUCAUACUGACUGACAGUAUUAUUUCUCUUCCCCAGCAGACUCCAAGGGCAUUUAAAUUAAAGGUACAGUGUUCAGCACUAAUAUUA